GGUAAGCCGGAGGCCAUCACAAGUAGUGUGUUUGGCGAACGGCGCGAUGCGAUCGAUACUGGCAGUGACCGUUAUUUGCGUGUUUGCACUCGCAAAUGGCAACUACAUGACCAAAGAUGUGAAAUAUGGUGAUAAAACGUUUCUCGUGAAACAGAAGGCGAUGUUGGAGAUAUUCCAGCAUAUCCAUCAACCGGAACUGCAUACGAGUCUGUGGGAAGAUUCCAAAAAGUACGAUGUUGAGCAGAACAUUGACCACUAUACCAACGUGAAAGCCGUGACGGAAUUUGUGAAAAUCUAUAAACAUGGAAUGUUACCGAUGGAGGAGAUUUUCUCCAUUCACAACGAAUUCCACCGGGAGGAAGUGAUCGCACUGUUCCAUUUGUUCUACUAUGCGAAGGAUUGGGACACUUUCUACAAAACCAUGUGCUGGGCCCGUUUCCAUGUGAACGAAGGUAUGUUCGUGUAUGCAGUGACCGUUGCUGUCCUUCAUCGGCCAGAUAUGCAAGGAAUCGUACUGCCCGCUCCGUAUGAAAUCUAUCCAUUCUAUUUCUUCAACGAUAUGGUUGUCAGCAAAGCUCAACGCUACAAGAUGCAAGGUUUUUACAAGAUGAAGAAGAUCAACGAUGUCUACACUGUCGUGAUUCCGAGCAACUACACCAACUAUUACGUACAUACAGGCCCGGAUCAACGAGUUGCCUAUUUCACCGAAGAUAUCGGACUAAACUCGUACUAUUACUAUUUCCAUGCAGACUAUCCCUUCUGGAUGGGAGGCAAGGAGUUUGGACUCUAUAAAGAUCGCCGAGGAGAAUUCUAUCUGUACCAGCAUCAGCAAUUCCUUGCUCGCUACUAUCUGGAGCGCUUGUCCAACGAUCUUGGGGUAAUUCCUCCAUUAACCUGGCACAAACCAAUCACAACCGGUUAUUACCCGUAUCUGCGGUACUACAACGGGGUUCCUUUCCCGGUACGUGACAACUACUUUACGGCAACGAACGAAAAGAGUUACCUGCUGGAAGAAAUCGAGGACUACGAACAUCGCAUCAUGGAAGCUAUCGAUCAAGGAUAUGUCAUGCUUCCCGAUGGCGGAUACGUCAACAUCACUACCCCAUCGGGCAUCGAAUAUCUCGGUAAUCUCAUCCAAACCAACGGUGACAGCGUCAACAGUCGCUAUUACGGCUACCUGGAAAUAAUAGCGAAGUUCUUCCUGGGGGGUUCCUUCAAGAUGUUCAACGAGUAUCGUUUCAUCCCAUCCGUUCUGGAAAAGUUUGAAACCACUAUGCGCGAUCCAGUGUUCUAUCAGCUGUACAAGCGCAUAAUCAGAUUCUACUACCGCUGGCGCGACCAACUUCCACCUUACACUAAGGAACAGCUGCUCUUCCCUGGUGUCAAGAUCGAAUCUGUAGAAAUGGACAAGUUGGUGACGUAUUUCGAUAAGUUCGAUGCUGACAUAACCAAUGCCGUGGACGUGGAAGUAUUUGACACCACCACCAUGAAGACAACCGACAUGAAGAAAUUUGGCAAGAUGGCUCAUUAUCAGGGUGAAGACUUCGUUAUCUAUGCUCGUGUUCCACGACUGAACCAUCUACCGUUCACUUUCAAUCUGAAUGUUGUCUCCGAUAAGGCCCAGAAAGCAGUUGUAGUAGUGUUCGUCGGGCCCAAACAUGACCAGUACGGAAACGUUUACGGAGUUAACGAGAACCGCGAAAAUUUCUUCGAGCUAGAACACUUCCUAGUUGAUCUGGUUCCUGGCAAGAAUUUGAUAACUCGCAACUCACAGGACUUUAGCUGGUUCGUCAAGGAUCGAACGACCUACUUUGAGCUGUACAAGCAGGUUAUGCUUGCCUACCAGGGACAGGGUAAGUUCCCACUGGAUAUGUCCGAAGCGCAUUGCGGAUUCCCAGCCCGAAUGAUGCUUCCGAAGGGUAAAAAGGGAGGCAUGCCGUUCCAGUUCUUCUUCAUGGUAGCCCCCUAUACGGCACCAAAGGUCGAACGCUUCACUGGGUACGAUCCGGUGCUAUCCUGCGGAGUCGGUUCCGGUGCCCGCUAUAUUGACCAGCUACCGUUCGGCUAUCCGUUCGAGCGCAAGAUCGACGAGAGCGUCUGGUUCACACCGAACAUGAAGUACUACGAGACGAUGAUCUACCACAAGAGUGAAACGGAAGUUAACGCGGUGGUAGUUUAAAUGUGGUGAAGGCUUUAAUGGUGGGUGAACAUCGAGGAAUCCUUUCUCUAGUUUAAAUUUCUCGAGAUCGUGUGUAACGGUAGAUGUAAAUGCAUAAAUAUGUUAUCUGA